ACGACGGGUGCGGCGUCGGCGGCGGCGACGACGGCGACGACGGCGUCUGCGACGGCGGCAGCGACGACGGCGGUGGCGGGGGAGGCGCGCGCGCCCUGCCUGCGCGAAUGCUUCUUCCCCUGGCCUCCUCGGGAGGCGGGCACCCUUUCCGCUCGGCGGCAUGGCGCCCGAACACCACUCCCCCGCCGAGGGGCUGCGGGCAGCGGCAGCGAGGCAGGCAGCGCUGCUGCGCGGGCUGGGCCUCGACCGGCGGCCCUUUGUGCUGUGCGUGCGGAACACGGUGGCGCACGCGGCCACCUUGAAGGCGGCGGCGGACUUGCAGGCCCGCGUCGUCCUAGCGCCCAACGGCGCCAGGCCCAUCCUGGACUUGGCGGCGGUCCAGGCCGGCGUCGACCAUGUGGUCGACGUGGACGCCUCUGGCUCGCUGCUGCAAGUGGCUGGCGCCAGGGUUAGCGGGUCGGGCGAGCACGAGGACUUGCCGCUGCCGCAGUGGGCCCAGGAACCGCCGCUGGACUCGGGGGGUCUCUGCGCCGUCGCCACGUCCGGCUCGGGGCCGGCGGGUUCGAAGCUCGUGGCGUACAGGUGGGAGGCGUGCGCCAUGCAGGCCAAGGUCACGGUGGAACGCAUCCUGAGCAGGGCUGCGCCAGCAGGAGGCAGGGUGCGAUUCGUGGCCGCAUCAAGCAUAGGACACGCGUACAACCUCAACGGGCUUUUCGCCGCGUUCGCGGCCGACGCCGAGAUCUGCUUACCCGCUGGUGCCUGCCAGCUGGCCCAGACCCUGGCCGAGCCCCCCGCCUGCGGCUGCGAGGCGACGGUGUUGUUCGCCACGCCGCAGGGCUAUGGCGCGCUGCUCGAGCACGAGGUGGUCCGCUCGGGCGAGCUCCGCAGCAGGCUCAGAGAACACGCGCUGCCCUUCUACGCCUUCAGCGCCGGCUGCCCGCUGCCCGCCGGCACGGCGGAGGGGGUCGAAGAGUUGCUGGGGGCGCGCGUGAUGCAGAACUUCGGCACUUCGGAGGUUGGCGUGAUAGCCGCGGAGGAGGUCGACCCUGGAGACUGCGGCCCGCCGUGCAAGCGCCCGCAUCUCGCGCAGGAACGCGGGGGGGACGCGAGCGCGGACAAGGGCGUGCCGUGGGGCCAGCUGGAGCUGCGCCCACCAGGCGGGGGCAGGUUGCUGCCGCAUGGGGCGGAGGGCGAGGUGGCCAUCAGAGUCCCCUGGUGCUCGGACGGUUAUCUGGUCAACCAGCGCCUGCUGCCUCACCCCGACGCGCCUUUCGUUCGCACAGGCGACGCGGGUCGCGUUGUCCUGCGGAGUCCGGGCGGCCGGGCGUCGCUCUUCCUGAUGCAGAGGUUGUGGGCGCCCCUCGAGGUCCGCAGGGGCGGCUUGCGGCUGCUGCUGCAGGCCUACGAGGUGGAGGAGGCCCUGCUGCGUGCGAACCCGGAGGCGCUGGGCGCCGCAGCUCUUCAGGGGCCCGACGGCAAGCUGUUCUGCGUGGUGGCUUGCCCGAUGGAGCCAAGGCUAGAUGGUUGGCUACAGCCCGACAAGCUGCUACGGGUGGACCGGCUUCCCACGUCCCCGGCCGGCAAGAUCUUGUACUCCACGCUGCGGGAGUUGCUGCUGCUGGACUGACGUUCGCCCGCAGCAGCGGCUGCACGGCGCGGAUGGCGCUGCGGGCGUGCCGUCCAAAAGCGGCCCGUGUGUGAGGGAGGUGGAGGUCAUCAAGUCGCAUGGGCCUCGAGAGAGAACAUGGCUCGAGCGGCCGUGACAGGAGGGCGGCUUCGCCGGGAGGCAUGCUCUUGUGCUGGGUUGUGCGCGUGCGGCCUCUUUCGGGCCCCCUUGAAUGGAAAAGGGGAGAGCCAAAUCGUCACAGGUCCGUGCGGGUUUCUUUGGUCGGCGC